GAUGAGGCUCCUGCCCGCUCCCCUGGGAAUCAGUCCAACCGAAUAGGGAAGCGCAAAAGGUCUGUUGAAGGCUUCAUCAACGUCUCACCAGAGUUCAACUCUCCACCUACGCGUCGCGAAGAAGCCUUCAGGCCACCGACUGAAUUAAGGUCGCCUGCACGAAGUCUGCCACCACUCUUACAGUUCCGAGAGGGCGAACAACAACAUGGACCAUCACGUACCAGGUUGGCGCCAGCCACGACCUAGUCCGAGCCAAACAGAGUUGCAGAUGGAAGACGCUAUGCGAAGAGACUCGCACAUGCAUCAGAUUCGCAAUGAUCCUCACGAUGGAAGUGGCAGUCUUCAACAGGAUACUGACAUGCUGAGCGACCAAGAAUCAGAAAUGCAAAAUGACUCGGUAAGCGGCAGAAAAGGUCCUGCACAACGCAGACGCUUCUCGCAAAGAACCAAGACAGGUUGCCACACAUGUCGACGGCGCAAGAAGAAGUGCGACGAAGCCAAGCCGCAUUGCCAGAACUGUACUCGAGGAGGCUUUCCUUGUGAAGGCUAUGGCCCCAAACACGAGCUCAACGUCAAGCUUCCAUCCAAAACAAUCCCAUUACAAGCCAAGUCUGUUGAAGGGCACCCCUUCCCUAGCCACCGACAAUCGGUACCUGGAGCUACCGCUACCGCCGAACACUGGCUUGAAGCACAAAGACGUUUCUCGUAUGAUAGUCGUGCACGACCUUUCAGCGACGGUCUACGCUACGCACCAACGAAUGGACCGACUUCUAUCGCGCCGCCGGAACACGGUUCACCCUUCCCGUCUGAUCGUUUUGCCCGCCCCCUUCACCCCGAGAAAGCUCGUGCACCACCUUCGUCCUCCCGAUUUGGCUUGUCAGCACCCAGUACAAGCGACACCAACGGUGGUAGCAUGGGCCGUAGCAGCGGCGGUGGAAGUACCAGUUUGGGCAGCGCUUUCGACACGCCCAGGGCAGUAUUAGCGAACCGCCUUGCCAUGAACCCACCCUUAGGCGCAUAUCCUUCUUCUGCACCCAGUGAGAAGGAAAACAUGCUUAGCGGCAGAGACUACCGUCACUUUACCGACCCAGAGCUUUUGAACGACCGGGCAUGGUGCAGACUAGCAAUUGAACGCUACAACAAAGCUUCGAAACCAUCCUUCGACAUCGACAUGGAUGGUCGCAUGAGGUUGUUUCGCCAAAUCAUCCAGCCGGACCGUCUACUACAGCCAAAUGAUCCGCGCAACCAUCCGGUCGGAACAAUCGGCUCCAAAGUCCUGAUUGAAGCGCCCUUUAAGUGUGAAUACGGUUACAAUAUCCACAUCGCUGACAAUGUGGUCAUACAGUCUGGUUGCGUCAUGUAUGAUCCUUGUCCCAUCACUGUCGGACGAGGCACAAUCAUUGGCCCCAAUGUCAAGUUCUAUGGACUUGGACCAGACCUACGCCUCGAUGCAAGAGUGCGUAACGGCAGCGAGGGCAAGCUGCGUGGAGGCAAGAUUCUGAUUGACGAAGACUGCUAUAUCGGAGGCGAUGUCAUAAUAUUGCCCAAUGUUAUUAUUGGACGAGAAUGUGUCGUUGAACCUGGGACCGUGGUCAGCGGUAACGUACAACCCGGCAAAGUCGUCGCCGGCAACCCGAUGAAGAUCAUUCGCGAUGUUGUUCCAAUACAAACUCAUGAAGAAGAGUACGGUCGCGUCGAGCCUGCGGCGAUGCCGAGCAUGUGGCCACAAGAGCGACCUUACCAUCGCGAUGGACGUAUGGGCAUGUAAGAAAGAGUCGGAAUCAGAAAGAGCAGGGACAACCACAUCAUGGAUACAAGACUUUUGAACUUAGCGAGGAGUUAGGCGACAUGCGAGCAGGUUCAGGAUCUCCUUUU